UCGACUAAAGAGUGUACAACAAGACUGUUUUUCAAGCUUUACACAAGAUGAAAAUGAUAAUAUACAUUGUAAGAUCAAGAUUAUUUCAGCAGUAAGACUUACAUGAAUGUGAUGUAGAAAACAGUAUUGUGAAAUGAGAAAAAGACCUUGGAUGAUUCUUGAUUUAUUGCUAGGAGCAGAAGGAUGUCUAUUAUAACACUACAGCUGGGACAAUGUGGGAACCAGAUCGGGGGUCAGAUGUUCCAGUCUCUUAUGGAUGAUGUUCAUAUGAAACCUAUAAACACUUUGGUUCCACCAAACAGAAAUGAGGAAUACUUUAAUGAUGUUCUAUCAACGUUUUUCUAUCAAGAUGGCCGAUCAGAGAAUCAGCUACCUAGAGCUCGAGCUGUAAUGGUUGAUAUGGAGCCUAAGGUUAUUGCCCAGACAUGUAUGGACGCCAAAAAAUCCGGAAAAUGGCAGUAUCCUGAUAAACAGCAAUUGAGUCAACAGCGUGGAUCAGGGAACAACUGGGCACAUGGUUUCUGUAUUCAUGGACCAAAAGCUAAAGACCAAGUCAUUGAAAUGGUCCAGAAAGAAGCAGAAAAAUGUGAUAAUCUCGGUGGAUUUUUGUCUUUAAUGAGUCUGGCAGGAGGCACUGGGUCAGGUGUUGGUGCUUAUAUCACAGAAUGUCUUCGUGAUGAGUUUCCUCAUGCAUUCAUUCUUAAUCAAGUUGUGUGGCCAUAUAAUACAGGGGAGGUAAUCGUGCAGAAUUACAAUGCUAUAUUGACUUUAUCCCAUCUAUACAGAACUGUGGAUGCUGUUAUUGUAAUGCAGAAUGACCAUUUACAUAAGAUAUGUUCUCAGUUGUUGAAUAUCAAGAAGAUUUCAUUCAAGGACAUUAACAAGGUCAUUUGUCAUAAACUUUUGAGUAUUUUGUCACCAGGAACAUUACAUAAAUACCCAGGAUUUACAUGUUCUAAUUCAAUAGGUGAGAUAAUGGAGCACAUGGUUCCUAUAUCAGAUUACAAAUUGUUAACAAUGAAGAACAUUCCUCAGAUGCCAGAAUCAUCUAUACAGUUCAGUUCAUUCCAAUGGCAUGGCUUACUGAAACAUCUCAGACAGAUGUUGAUAGCUGAUGCUGCCAUGGAGGAAGGAAUUGAUUGGCAGGUCAAGGUCGGUGAUGAAACACCAAGAGGUGGAGCCAAACACAACCAGUCACUUGCUAAUUUUCUAAUGCUGCGUGGAAAAGAUGUAAACACAGCUGACACCACUGCCUUUGAAGAUUCAAUGUUAUAUGCUCCUUGGGUUCCACCAGGGGGCGCUUUAUUAAAAGGAACACAACCAAGAGUGUUUAAUCAGUAUGAGAAAUCGGCUUGUUUAUUGUCCAAUAGUAAAUCACCGAUCAUACAAAUGGAUUACACAGUGGGAAAAGCUUGGAAUAUGUUUUCUUCAAGGGGAUACGUACAUCAAUAUAAUAAACAUGGACUUGUAGAUGAAGAUUUUGUAGAUAGUUUUGUAACUUUAGAACAAGUUAUUGCCAAUUAUAAAAAUUUGUAAUAGUCUGUUUAUCUAGAUAAACUAUUUUCAUAA